AUAUUACAGUAUAUAAUAUAUACAUUUAGUUUUCAACAACAAGUAGUUAACAACAUAUAACAUUUUUGACAAUUUAAAUAAUAAUAAUUAAUUAUUAAUAUUAAUUAAUUAAUUAAAUGGCUCCGGUAAAUAUUAAAAAAGUUUGCAUAUUUGGUGCCACUGGCAACACUGGUUUAUGUACAGUUAAAGCGGCAAUCGAUAAAGGCUAUGAAGUGACGGCAUUUGUUAGGGACGCCAACAAACUGGACCCCAAUGUCAAGCCUCAGACGGUAAUUGUCGGCAACGUUACCAAUAGUUCGGAUGUCGAUAGGGCUGUCCGCGGACAGGAUGCCAUUGUUAUCGUUUUGGGCACCGGUAGCGAUCUCAGUCCGACUACUGUCCUGUCGGACGGCACCCGUACUAUACUAUCAUCAGUUAAGGCCAACAAUAUCCAGCCUCGUAUAGUCUGCUGUCUAUCAUCAUUCAUGUUUUGGGAACGAAACAAAAUACCCGAACGGGUACUGAAUGUACACUCGGAUCACGAAAGACAGCUACAGUUGCUUAAGGAGUCGGAUAGCCAAUGGAUAGUUGCCUGUCCUCCACAUAUCGAUAGUGGUCCGGCCCGCGGUAACUAUACAUUGAAAACUGAUGGCCCGGUAGGCCGUGAAAUAUCUAAGUAUGAUUUGGCCCAGAUUUUGGUCGACCUGUUGGCCGAUGAUGGCAACCGUAUCGGACAUCUGGUAGGUAUGGGCUAUCCGUCCGCCUAAUUAUUAUAUUGAAUCUCUCAAUCUAUAUAUAAAAAUAUAUUAAUAUAUACUUUAUAUCAAUAUAUAUAUAUAUAAUGAGAUUAUUAUUAUUAUAUGAUAUGUUGUUUUAAAUACUAAUUUGUUUUUUAUUUGAAUGAAAUACAAAAAUAAUUAAUAAUAAAAAUUAUUAUUUUACUAA